GCCAACGCUGGAGGGCGUAGUUAUUGGCAACACGUUGAUUAAUUUGUAGAUACACUAUACGCGACGCGAAAAAAAACACAAAAUGUGUUUUAUAGUGAAAUAUGUGCUAUUUAUCGCCAAUGUAUUAUUUACUCUCGCCGGGCUGACGCUCAUCGGAGUGGGUACGGCAGUGCUGGUGCUCGCCGGCGAUGUGCUGAACGUGAUCCCGGUGGUUCUGCACGCGAUACCCAUCAGCGUCAUCGUGCUCGGAGCGCUGGUCUUCCUCAUCUCCUUUUUCGGCUGCUGCGGUGCUAUCCGGGAGAACAGAUGCUUCCUCGUCACCUACUCGAUCAUCAUGCUGUUACUGGCGGCGGGGAAGAUGUACUUGGCGGUGGUGAUCUUCAAGGCCAUGGACCACAUCUACGAAAACGUGGUAGAGUGGCUCACCAAGGCCUUCCUCAACGAAAGCAUGCGAGAGCCUUUCCAUGCUGUGGAGAUCGCAUUCCGGUGUUGUGGUACCAUUGGCUGGCAGUCCUACUUGGGCAUCCUCCCAGCACUGCCAGCCUCGUGCUGUGCACCCGACAUCCAGGUCUGUGACCAGGCCAACGCAUUCGGCGGCUGCAACGACAAAGUUGGAGACUUUUUCGCCACCUACGGCGAAGCAACCGCCAGCGUCAUCGUAGUCAUUUUGGCGGUGGAGUUGGUUGCAAUGAUCUUCGGUUUUUGCCUCUGCAAAAACAUCACCAACCGGAAACGAGAAACUGUAUAGCUGUCUACCUACUUUAUUGUAAUAUUAAAUGCAAAAAUCUCUACAUAAAACUAGCUGUUAUACUUGACUUCUUCCAUCCUUAGUCCGUCCAUUUCUGAAAUUUAUUUGAGUUUGUUAUAUGAUUUUUAUUUUUCUGGAAUUUGGCAAUAAUAUCCAAACAUCUACGGAGAAAAGCUGCAACAAAUUCUUCAUCAUCACAUAAACCCAUUACUGGCGUACUACGGAGCAC